GCGGCCGCCGGCCCACCUGGCGCAGCGCCGCCCUCGGAGCCCGCGCACCGGCGCACACCCGCGCACCCCGCGCACCUCGCGGCUGCAGGAGGGCCCAGCGCCGCCGCCUGCCCACUCCCAGGGCCCGGCCCGCCCCGGCGUCCGUGCUCUCGGGGCGGACUCCCGGCCCUCGGCGCUCUCCCGCCCGGCGAUGGCCCUGCUCGGAUACUUCUUAUUCCUCUACGGCCUGGAGCAGGCGCUGGGCAGCUACCCGAUCUGGUGGUCACUGGCCAUCGGGCCGCAGUAUUCGUCCCUGGGCACUCAGCCCAUCCUGUGUGCCAGCAUCCCUGGCCUGGUCCCCAAGCAGCUGCGCUUCUGCCGGAACUAUGUGGAGAUCAUGCCCAGUGUGGCGGAGGGCGUGAAGAUCAGCAUCCAGGAGUGUCAGCACCAGUUCCGCGGCCGCCGCUGGAAUUGUACCACUGUGGACAACAGCCUGGCCAUCUUUGGCCCUGUGCUGGACAGAGCCACGCGGGAAUCUGCCUUUGUGCACGCCAUCGCCUCUGCCGGCGUGGCCUUCGCUGUGACGCGCUCGUGCGCUGAGGGCUCGGCGGCCAUCUGUGGCUGCAGCAGCCGGCACCAGGGCUUGCCGGGCGAGGGCUGGAAGUGGGGCGGCUGCAGUGAGGACAUCGAAUUUGGCGGCAUGGUGUCUCGGGAGUUUGCCGAUGCGCGGGAGAACCGGCCAGACGCCCGCUCCGCGAUGAACCGCCACAACAACGAGGCCGGCCGCCAGGCCAUCGCCAGCCACAUGCAUCUCAAGUGCAAGUGCCACGGGCUGUCGGGCAGCUGUGAGGUGAAGACCUGCUGGUGGUCGCAGCCCGACUUCCGUGCCAUCGGCGACUUCCUCAAGGACAAGUACGACAGCGCCUCGGAGAUGGUCGUGGAGAAGCACCGCGAGUCGCGCGGCUGGGUGGAAACCCUGCGGCCGCGCUACACCUACUUCAAGGUGCCCACGGAGCGCGAUCUGGUGUACUACGAGGCCUCGCCCAACUUCUGCGAGCCCAACCCCGAGACCGGCUCGUUUGGCACGCGCGACCGCACGUGCAACGUGAGCUCGCAUGGCAUCGAUGGCUGCGACCUGCUGUGCUGCGGCCGAGGCCACAACGCGCGCACCGAACGGCGCCGCGAGAAGUGCCACUGCGUCUUCCACUGGUGCUGCUACGUGAGCUGCCAGGAGUGCGCGCGCGUCUACGACGUGCACACAUGCAAGUAGUGCGCCCUGCGCGGGGCUGCCCCGAUGGCGGCGGGGGGCGCAGCUGGAGUCCUGGGCGGGGACGGGGCUCCUCCCGGGAUGAGGGCGGGGUCCCUAGCUAGGGUCCUGGACGGGUUAGAGGCUCCUAAGGGACAGGGACAGGGGUCCCCAGCUGGGGUCCUGGACAGGGGCAGGGCUCCUCCCAGGACGGGAGCGAGUCCCCAGCUGGGGUCCUGGACGGGGUAGGGUCUCCUCCCCGGACAGGGGCGGGAAUCCUCCCUGGACGGGGGCGGGGGUCCUCCUGACAGGGGCGGGGCCCCCAAGUGGGGCACCCGGAUGGGGGCAGGGUCCGCCCUGAAAGCGCUGAUUUCUUCCUCGAUGGGGCGGGGCUCCUCUCUGGGGGCGGGCCUCCGGGUGGGGUUCCUGGAUAGGGGUGGGCUCCUCCCUAGUAGGGCGGGGGUGGCGGGAGGAGUAACUGUAUGGGGACCGUGUCCUUAGACUGGUUCUGGUUUCUUCCUUGAAUGGGGCGGGGCUUCUCCCUGGGGGCGGGGUUCCAGGACUGGGACUCCUGUAAGGGAGGAGAGUCCCCUGUGGUAGGGCCCUGGGGUUCUACACGGGUGCGGGGCUUCUGGAUGGGGGGCGGGGUUCCGUGGGUGGGGCUUCCGCGUGGGGAGGGGUCAUCUCUGGGGGCGGAGUGCCCAGCGGCCGUCCUCCUCCCCACCAGCACACCUGUGAGAUUUCAAGCCACUUGGCCUGCGCGGAGCAGAGACCCGGCAGGCUGGCCUAUCUCCUCCCAGCCCUUCUUCUGGGCCCUGUGAUCCAACCUCCAAGUCGGGUGCUCCGGGACAGUUAAGGGGUCUGGAGGCCUUGUGGCACCCCUCCGUCAGCCGGGCGUCUGCCGGAGCCCCAACCAGAAGCCCAACCAGACAGCCGUCACCCCGCCCAGCCCCAGGAACCUGGACGGGAUUGAACCAGUCCUGCCGGGGGAAAGCACGUGGGGCCCAGCCGCAGAGGGGCCUGGACCCAGAGGCCUGGCCCUGCCCCUGCUGCUGUGUGCCCUGGCCUCGGACCCCUGGGCCCUCUUCCUGUGGCGCAGCACCCCCCAGGCCCCACCCUUGGCUUGACCAGCCCAGAUCUCUACUUUGCCUCUGAUGGAAAGUCUCACCGCCUGGCCUGCCCUUCCCCUGCCUCAGAGGCUCACUUCGAUUUGGGUUGGGUUGUUGGGGAGGGUUGGGAGGGUGAGUCCACACCCAUGCUGCGGGCGAAGGCCCCUCAGUCCCCAGAGGGGUGGUCACCAUCCCACCCCCUAUGGCCAGGACUGACCCCCCCAGGCCUGCUGCUGUGGCUGUGGUGUCCAGGAGCCUCUGGCUGGUGGCUCCUCUCCUUCUGACUCAUCCACCCUGCCUGGGAACAGGAGGCGGAGGGACCUCCCCUGGGGGGCUGCCAGGCAGAGACCUCUCCUCCCCUAGCCUCUGCCACUGUGAAAUGUCUCCCAGCCCCGGCUGGAGGGCCCUCGCCCAGGCAGGGGGAGCAAACGGUGCGGCACCAUGACCUGCACACCUCUGGGGACACCACCUCCCUCGGCCUGGAAUUCUGCAUUUGUGAUUUUAAUGUUAUUUCCAAUGCUGCUACAGCCACCAUACACUGGAGCAAGACAAACAGCUGUGUUGUUGUUGUUUUCCUUUUCUUUCUAUGAAAGAAAUCAUUGCAGUCAUAGCUUGUGAGUUACAAACAAUUGGGGAGAAAGUAAAAAACAAACAAA